CGAUUUGCAGACAACCUCCUUUUGAAGAGUUCACAACUGCAAAUUACAACAUGGCGGCUGCUAUGAAUUGACAUCUCAGCGUUGAUUUAUCAAGCCGGUUGCACAAUUAUGAUUAAGAAACAAGCAAAACUGACCAGUCUUUGGGCAGAUAGUGAUGAUGAUGAUGACUGCAUGAUAAUUGAUCCAUUACCCAACACAUGUAGCACCACGAAGAAACCCGCAAAUGUUUCCAUUGUAAACGUCUCUAGUACCAAGAAACCCACACAAUGGGUAGCCUCGGCUUUCGAUGGGUUUGAUGACUUCACAGCUAGUGCCUCACAAACAAAGAACAAGCCGCCCGCUGGGGGGAAAACAACUUCCACCCAGGCACCUGGUGCAAAACGAUCGUUUGAACAAAUGAUGACUGCUGGAAAGGGGAAAACUGCAAAGAACACUGUAUCCCGGAGAGCUAACACAUUACCAGAGACUAAUAUGUGGUCAGAAAAAUAUGCUCCAAGCACACAGGCAGAUUUAGCAGUACAUAAGAAAAAAAUUGGAGAAGUAGAGCAGUGGCUUGAAGAACAUCUCAGACACAAAAAGUUACCCCCAAUACUGUUGCUGACUGGCCCCGCCGGGGUGGGGAAGACAGCCACGGUCCGUGUUCUUGCGAAGCAGUUCAACUUUGAGCUCCAUGAAUGGGCCAACCCUCUGGCAGGUGACCAGUUUGAUGGGGGAAUGCAGAACAAUGACUGGAAGUCUAGGGGUCGCCUUGAGGCAAGCAUAUCGAGUUCCCAGGUGUCACAGUUCCAGGAGUUUCUUCUAAGGGCUAACAAGUACAACACGCUGGACAUUUUUGGUGGCAGUGGGGGUGUGGCCUCUAGGAGACUUGUAAUGGUGGAGGAUUUUCCCAAUAUAUUCUACAGAGAUGCGGAACCAUUCCAUGAAAUAUUAAGGCGUUAUUCCCAGACAGGAGGCAGUCCACUGGUCUUCAUUGUCAGUGACAGCACAAGUGGAGAGUCCACAGAAAGGCUGCUCUUCCCCAAAGAUGUGCAGAGCAGGUUACACAUCACUAACAUAAGUUUCAACCUAGUGGCCAUGACCAGCAUGACAAAGAUCCUGACCAAGAUAGCCACCGAUGAGUCCCAGAAAGGGAGUCAUAUGUUCACAGUUCCCUCCAAGUCUGUCAUCGAGUCUAUAGCCAUGGCCAGUGCUGGGGACAUACGCGGGGCUAUCAAUGCAAUGCAAUUUGCAUGCCUUAAAGAUACCUGUGAUCUAGCAAGUGCAAUGGACAACAGAAAACCUAAGCAACCAAUAAAAAAGACUGGUUCCAACGCUUCUGUGAAGCGAGCAACUGGAGCAAAAAGGUCACUCAGCAAGACGAGUAGCUUCCAGAAGGAGGAGGAGUUGCUGGUAAUAGGCGGACGAGACACGUCGCUCUUCUUGUUCAGAGCUAUCGGCAAAAUAUUAUACUGCAAAAGAGAUGAGCCAAGUUCAGACAUGACCCAACUACCUCCUCAUUUGGCCCAUUGUUACAGAGACCCUUUACAGGUGGACCCAGAGGAAGUGGUUGAGAAGUGUCAUCUGUCUGGGGACUAUUUCAGCUGUUACCUGCACCAGAACUACACAGACUUUUUUUCCAGUGUUGAUGAUAUCGUGUUGGCCAGCGAAUACCUCAGUGACUCUGACUUCUUGACCAUGGACUGGGCAUCCCGUUCAGCCCUACAGCAGUAUGCAGCCUCUGUGGCUACCCGAGGGAUCAUCUUCUGCAACUCAGGCCGCGCCCGACACACCGACCCUGGCGGGGGAUUGGGCUGGAAACCUCUUCACAAGCCACAGUGGUACACCACCAGUAAACAGGCCAAACAGAACUGUGAAACAGCCAGAUAUUUAUUUAGAUCUUAUCGUUCGUCUCCUGUGGUGCUUCAGACUGAGCUGAUACCAUACAUCUCCCUCAUCAACACAACACUACAUGAUACAGGUCAGAUAGCCUUCAUGCAAGAGAUCUGUAGAUUCUCAAAUCAACGCAAGUACGAAAAGCUAGACGAGAAAGAUGUAGACAUCAGUGACGAUGAUGACACCAGUGAUGUUACAAAGUCAGCAACCAAUCAAAUUCAAGGACCUUCAAUGUUGCCAACGGAAACCGAUGAUGUCAUAAGCAGUAGCCAAUCAAAUGUGAAAUCCUCGCAAGCAGAGGAGGAAGAGGACUUUGUAAUAGAAGAUUAUGAUGAUGACUGAAACCAGUAACUCUUGCUUGCUGGAAUUUUUUGUUGGGGGUGGGGGUAGUGAAAUUAGAUUUGUUGUGCAAUUGUCCGUUAUCUCUAGAAUUACCAUGCAGUGUCCACCGGCUAUGUGUAUAGUUUAAUUAGAGAUGGAAGAAAAUAUGGUUAUAUAUAAAAAUUACUGCAUAAAAUAUGUUCAGAUUCAAUUUGCUACAUGUAUGUGCACCGUGCUCAUGCCCACAUAAACAUUUGUGAGUUUUGCUCACAUCAGUCAGCCUAUCCUGUCUGUAGUUUGCCCACAUUCAUUUUUGUUGAAAGUUUAAUCCAAUUAAGCAAAAAAAGCUGUGUGUGCAUAAUAUAUGUGGAAUAAAAUAAUGAGUUAUGGCCCUUUAUAUACCUCAAUCGGCCUUUGUGGCUGCUCCUGUAUUUAUGUUUAAAAUUCUUUAUCUGAUCUUUAUUAAUUUAAUGAACAUGACUUUUUGUGAACCUAAUAUACAGGCAAUGAAUAAUUAAGAGUAAAAAAAUGGCACUGUAAUUUCAGUGUUAUGUCCCUUGAAUUGUAUCAACUUGAAUACUUUUAUUUUUAGAGUUCAAUACUUUUGGCAAGCACCACUUUUGUUGAAAAUGCUUGAUGUUUAUAUAUCCGAGCAAAGUUUGAAAAUCUUGAAAAAGCACUCGUAGAACAAUAGAGUUAUGUCCCUAAUAUAUCUAAAAAAAACUUUUAGUAGACUUGACUAUAUCCCAACGCCAAUCAGUUUUCAUCUUACUCUAUUUCACUGAUUAAUUUUAAUCUAAAGAGAGCAUUACUGGUUUACAAAACUUUUGAAAAAAGUGAUCAAAUUUAAUCUCAAAUGUCCCAUUGUUUGAAAAUGAAAAUUUCAAAU